AUGCCCUCUUUUCUCAUGUGCUCCAACUGCAGAGAUCUCGAGCGCAACCUGCUAGAAGAGCGCCACCACCGCCAGACGGCUGAGUAUGCUCGUGAUGCCGAGCUGCAGAUGCGCGAGCGAGCGGACGAUACUAUCAAAGAGCUACGCAAGGCGAUCAAGGAGCAGCGCAAGAACCUCGACGAGCAGCGCGAGACGAUCAUGGAGCAGCGCAUUACCUUCGGCAAGCAGCUCGAGACGAUCAAGCAACUGCAUGAGACGAACAAAGAGCUGCGCGAUGCCAUGAAAAAAGAGAUCGAGGCCAACGAAGACCACCGCAAGACGAUUGAGCACCAACAAGACCUUAUCGACAAAGGGAUCAAGUCCAAUGAGAUCCAGCAACGCAUGAUUCAGGACCUGCAACGCGAAUUGCCGGCUCUUCGGCACCAGCUUAGACAGCAGCAAGUACAGAACCAUAGUGAUAUGGACAAUCUGCGUCUCGAACGCGCUGAUGCGAGAGCUGAAGAAGAUAAGCGCGUGAAGACGGAGAUCACAUUCCACCACUCGAAGGAGAAAAAUUUGAAGAGGACGAUCUCACGCGGCGAGCGCACGCGCGAAAUAUCGGUGAAAGCGUCGGACACGGUCGUCGUCCCCGGUGUGGUGGACGAAGCUCGUCUAAAAAUCGACAGCGCGCUCGAUGCAGCGGGGCUGCGUGACGAAGUCGCGAUUCGAUAUCUCCGGCGCGGCAUCAAGUACGACAAGCACGAAGGCGUUGACGAAAUCGUGUUUGAUAGCCUCGACGAAGUCGUCGCCAGUCACAGAGCGUCGUCGAGUGACAAGUACUGCAAAGCGUCGACGUACUUGCUCUUGAAUGACGUGCUGGUGACCCCUGUGUGGCAGUUCGAAGUGGUAUAA